CCACGUGCCGCAGCUGGAAGGACCCACAACUAAAAAUAUGCAACUAUGUACUGGGGGGAUUUGGGGAGAAAAAGGAAAAAUAAAAAAAAAUAAAAUAUUUAAAGUAUAAGAUGAUCCAUUUUCUUCAAGAUAGGUUAAAAAUUACAGUGAUUUUCAUUGUCCUCAAUUCAGAUAGCUCAAAUUUUUAACUAUUAUUACAUUUUUGUUAUCUUCAUAUGGAUCUAGUAUUUUAAGAAUCACUGAUUUGCUCUUUGUUUCUGCUGUAGUCUUAAGAUUAUUACUUAAUAUAUUAAUAUCAAUACUUCCAAAACUUUUAUAUCUGUUGAGUUAAACAUGUUGACUACUACCAUUUUUAGGCUGGAAGUGAUCUUAUAGGGCAUUUAAUUCAGAUCCCUUAUUUUGGUGAGAGAGAAAAUUUCCAAUUUUGUGGAUUACAAUUACCAAUAGCACUUUGAUAAAAUAUCAUGUUGCGAUUGGUUUUUGAUUUUCUUUUUCUUCCUGCCUAUUUGUAUGUAGGCUGUCCCUACCAUAUCUUAUUCUUUGCAAUACUUCCACUUCAGGUCCUGUUUCCCUCUGAUUUGGAAAGAGAGACAGUCUUGUCAUUGUAAAUUACAUUCUAGCUCUGAGGAGCUCAGCUAAGAAAUUUUAUCUUCAUUGAGUAACUGGAUUACUGCAGAAUGACUACAGAAGUAAUAUUUCAUUAUCGACCAUAUGAGAGUGAUCCCACACAACUGCCAAAAAUUGCAGAGAAAGCAAUUCAAGACUUUCCUACACGUCCAUUAUCGAGAUUUAUUCCUUGGUUUCUGCAUGAUGGGUCCAAACUUCCACUCAAACCUAAAAAAUCACCACCUGUGAUUUCUAAGGAGGCAGCUGAAGAUGUGAAACAGUACUUGACCAUUUCAGAACGUGAUGUUAAAUCACAGAGUUAUGAUUGCACAGUAGAUCUAUUGGAGUUUCAACCUGAUCUGAAAAAAAAGAAGCACUUAAUCCGGUCACACACACUGGAUGAACAGACUAAUUCUGGAAGUCUGGAUGAGCAAUCAGAAAAAGGAAAAUGGUUCAGGAAGAGGUCUUGGAGUGUUUCACUUCCUAGCAGUAAUAGUACUGAAAAUAUUUUUCCUUUGUCCAAAAAAUUGCAAGAGAGUUUAAAGGCACUAAAUUUGCACUCACUUUAUAGAGCAAGAUGGACAAUAGAACACACUGUUUGUAAGAGCCAGAGUCUGGAAGACAUUUGGGCAAAACUCAAUCGAAUUAUCAGGCACAAUGAACUUCCGUCUUGUAAUGCUACGAUUCAGAGACAUUUAGGCCAAAUAUGGGUGUUCUGUGAUGUUAUGUACUGUGAAUAUGUGGGAAAUCUUCUAAAAGGAAGAUUGGCUCUUACUGGGAAAAUUGAUUUAUUUGUGCAUAAAUAUGGUGUUAUUUUUAGUAUGUAAUGAAUUCCACUGAUUGUCAAAAGAAUAUUCUCAAUGAACUGAGUAUGAACUGCAAUACUGAAAUGAAUAAAUUUUUUACCAGUUUUAAA